AUGUAUUGCAAAAAUUAGAUGAACGCAAGGUUUGAGCUCCUUACCUCAAAGAGAAAUGUUACAAAGGUUUUUAAUGAUAAUUUUUUUUAUAUCAGGGAUGUUUUUUUUGCAAAUUUGAAAUCCAGAUUUUUGUUCACUAUGGUCGGCAAACAACCCCCAUCGACUAGUAACGAUUUUCCCCUAAGUGAAAAGUUCAACAUGGCUGCCAGUAAUUUUGCUCGAGAGCAGCUCGAAAAACAUGGGUGGAAAGAAGGAAGUGGCCUGGGAAGACAUGAACAUGGCAGACCUGAUCCUAUCAAGGUCAAGUUAAAAAUGGACACUGCAGGGGUGGGACACAACAUCAGUGACCAGUUCACCUUCAAUUGGUGGGAGCACGCUUUCAACAAAGCAGCCAGUAACAUCACAGUGGAAAGUUCAGAGUCUGGUGUGAGUGUGAAGAAAACAACAGACCAGGAGUUAAAACUCAGCACCAGUGAGAGUGUCAUGACUGGCAAGUUUGACAACAAAGUCAUGUUGUACGGAAGUUUUAUAAAGGGAGCCACAUUAACCAAUGGUAUUCAAGAUGAAAAAGAGGAUGACAGCCAAUCAGAGGACAGCUCUGAUGAGGAAGACAAGGACUCAAAGGUUUCAAAGUUGACAGAUGAAGAACUGUUCAAGGCCUGUGGAGGAAGAACAGCCCACAAGGCUGCUCGCCAUGGACACAAGUUGAACGGGAAACUUCAGAGAAUACAAGAACAAGAGAGAGAACUGCUGAAAAAGUACCUGGCCAAGAAGGAGAGCAGAACUGCCUAUCAGGAAGAAGAUAACAGCAGCACAAGUAGUAGUCUUUCAACCGAUCAGGGUGAUUCUAACAUCCACACCAAACCUUCUUCAACAGAAUGUGAAGAAGUGAAAGAUAGGGGAGAAAAGAAAAAGAAGAAAAGAAAGGAUAGAGAAAUUUCUGAUGAUGACAAGAAGUUGAAAAAGAAGAAAAGGCACAACAAGGAGGAAGAAAUGAUGGAGUUACAAAACAAUGAACUUUGUAAUGAAAAUAACACUGAAGAGUGUGAAAAUUCUAACAUAAAGACAUCCAAGAAAAAGAAGAAAAGGAAAAUCAAAAAUGAAGAAUCUGAUGCUGUGAUCGUAGUUAAUGAAACAGAAAGUAAGAAAGUCACAAAGAAGAACAAAAAGAAGAAGAAAGAAAAGAAAAUAUUUUAAGAAGAGCUAGAAUGACAAUACUUUUUAUGAACUAUGACGCAUUUCAACAUUCAAUGAAAUAUAUCAAUUCAGGCCUUGUGUAAAGAAUGUAUCUAACAAUAUUGUACAAAUCCAGUCAUUUUUCUUCUCAGUGUUACACAAUGUAUUGAUACAACAGACAAUUCAAUAAACU